AUGUUCCAGCUCCGUUUCGGUUAUAAAUAUGAAAUGUUGCGAACAACGUGCCAAGAUAGAAACCCGGAUGACGCCAUGCCCUGGGAUUUAUUCCGCAAGCUUUUGUUACCUUCUGUCUAUCUAAUGCUCUUCCUGGUCCCGACCACGCAUUGCUCAGAACUAACGGAUCGAAUUCCUUUCACAGGUCCCUGCAAAUCACGCAAUCCAAAUUAUUGUCCUGAGCAUGUGGCCAACAGCGUGUGCAACACACAACGGGAUGAGUGCUUUUGUCGUUCGGGUUACGUGGCCAUACGGGAAGCGGACGAGAUAGUCUGUAGAACCUAUUUAUCUUGUCGAAUCGAUGCCGAUUGCACACAUGUGGACGGAAGUAUCUGUCAUCCCGGAGCCGGAAAGUGCGUUUGUCCCGGCGGGACCGUCUUUGUUGCACAUCUGCACGCUUGUCGAAAACGAAUUUUCACGGGUCAAUCCGAUAUCUGUGAGAUGUGCAUUGCCUUGGGUGGAGUGUGUUUCGCCUUCCAGGAGACCGAGAUUCAAAAUAAUACUCCUUCCUCAGGAAUCGGUUGUGAAUGCAGCUCAAUCUCCACGAAUGAAGUCAGGGUUCACGGUCUCAUGAAUGACGCAUAUCAACGCGUGUGCCCUUUCAAUUUAGUUCCUAUUAUCAGACAACCUUUGUCGCCCAUAGUGUCACCAUACGAAAACGCCCCAAAGGGUCGGCAACAAUGUUCAAAAUGUCAGGUGGCUGGAGGUCAGUGUUACGACCAGGACUUGGAUGAUGUGGCGGAUGGUUGCCACUGUUCGACCGACCGAUCCAAGCCAAAUCACGGAGUCUUGACUAUUUGCCAAAAACAGCCAGGUCAAUAUCUGUUGCGCCUUAGUUUCGGAUAUGCGAAAGGUGGCAAAAUACUAUUUUGCAUGACUGGAUAG